CUUUUUAUGCUGAGUAACUAGACGACAUGGCUUUUCUUUGUCCCGCGUCAAAGAAACAGGUGGAUGACUUCUGCCAAAACCUCACAAAGGAGGCAGAGCAGCUGCUUUCUAAAUUUUUCCCUCAGAAGAUUGAGGAGCUGCAGAUGCUGUUGCAGACAUCAUUCAGCCGUGAUAACCUGGGAUCUCUGAAGGCUCCGCUGGACAUCCCGAUACCAGACCCAGCUAAAGAGGAGGCCAAGCAAAAGAAGAAAGAGGAGAAGAAGGCGAAGGAAGACAAGGACAGCGAUAAAGAGGAGGAAGAUUCAGGGCCUCCUUGUGGUCCCAUCUGCAGCAACGAGCAAAUAGAGAGCCUCCUGCAGCUGGUUAAACCUGAGAUCCAGACACUGAAGGAGAAGCUCAACACGGUGUCAAUGUGGGUGCAGCUCCAAAUCCCUAAAAUUGAAGAUGGUAACAACUUUGGAGUGGCUGUACAGGAGAAAGUGUUUGAGCUCCUGACAAACACGCGCACCAGGAUCGAGACGUUCCAAACUCAGAUGGCAAAAUAUUUCAACGAGAGAGGUGAUGCUGUGGCCAAAGCCGCCAAACAAUCCCAUGUGGGAGACUACAGACAGCUGGUUCAUGAGCUGGACCAGGCCCAGUAUUCAGAGCUCCGCCUUGUGGUCCUGGAAAUCCGCAACACAUAUGCUGUUCUGUUUGACAUCAUUACCAAGAACUAUGACAAGAUCAAGAAGCCCAGAGGAGACGGCAAGGCUCUCAUCUACUGAGACUCAAGCACACUCCCUCUCUAACAAGAUACAACUAGUGUAGUAUGACACUCUGGUAACAGUACACAGGCUCCGACAAAAAUGACCUCUUUUCUUACCAUGUAUUCAUUUUUGUUCAGAUUACAAAAUAAAGCAAUAUGAUUCUGA